AUGGAAAAAUCCAAAAAUUUCCGCAUCGACGCCCUGCUGGCGGUGGACCCCCCGCGAGCCGCCUCCGCGCAGAGCGCGCCGCUGGCCUUGGUCACCUCACUCUCGGCCGCCGCAGCUGGACCCGGCGGCGGCAGCGGCGGCGGGGCGAGUAGCGGGGCAAGCGGCAGCUGCAGCCCCACAUCCUCCGAGCCCACCGCGGCACCCGCCGACCGCCUGCGCGCCGAAAGCCCGUCUCCCCCGCGCCUGCUGGCAGCGCACUGCGCGCUGCUGCCCAAACCCGGUUUCCUGGGUGCGGGCGGCGGUGGCGGCGGCGCGGGCAGCGGGCCGGCGGGGCCCCACCACCACGCUCACCCGAGCGCCGCCGCCGCUGCCGCUGCCGCUGCCGCCGCCGCUGCCGCAGGGGGCCUGGCGCUGGGGCUGCACCCCGGGGGCGCGCAGGGAGGCGCGGGCCUCCCGGCGCAGGCGGCUCUCUAUGGCCACCCAGUCUACGGCUACUCCGCGGCGGCGGCGGCGGCGGCGCUGGCCGGCCAGCACCCGGCGCUCUCCUACUCAUACCCGCAGGUGCAGGGAGCGCACCCCGCGCACCCCGCAGACCCCAUCAAGCUGGGCGCCGGCACCUUUCAGCUGGACCAGUGGUUGCGCGCAUCCACCGCGGGCAUGAUCCUGCCCAAGAUGCCGGACUUCAACUCCCAGGCGCAGUCGAACCUCCUGGGGAAGUGCCGCCGGCCGCGCACGGCCUUCACUAGCCAGCAGCUGCUGGAGCUGGAGCACCAGUUCAAGCUCAACAAGUACCUGUCCCGGCCCAAGCGCUUCGAGGUGGCCACCUCGCUCAUGCUCACCGAGACCCAGGUGAAGAUCUGGUUCCAGAACCGGCGGAUGAAAUGGAAGCGCAGCAAAAAGGCCAAGGAGCAGGCGGCGCAGGAGGCCGAGAAGCAGAAGGGCGGCAGCGGGGGCGCCUGCAAAGGCGGCGCCGAGGAGAAGGGCGAGGAGGAGGUGCUGGGGCCGCCGGCGUCUGGGGACAAGGCCAGCGGCCGUCGCCUGCGGGACUUAAAGGACAGUGACCCCGAGGAGGACGAAGACGAGGACGACGAGGACCAUUUCCCCUACAGCAACGGCGCCAGCGCCCACACCGUCUCCUCCGACUGCUCCUCGGAGGAGGACUCGCCGCCCCCGCGGCCGGGCGGGCACCAGCCCCCGCCCCAGUAG